AAAAAUUCACAGGACAGGACACCAGCCGCAGCUGAAGCAGAAGUAGGUAACCUCGAAAAAGGUUGUUGUAUGUUGUAUCUGCAUUACUUCGUUUGUAACUGUGUUCUCUGAAAGAACGAAAGAUUCUUUCUAAAGGAAAAAGUCAUGCUUUGUCAAGUGAGGAAAAGACUUUUCCCCCCUAGUCUGGCAUUGAGGCACUUACUAGAUAGAACUUCAAUUUCAACAUCAUCAACCCAGCUGUCAUCAAAGAAGGAUGACGGUGAUGAUGAACCGAGUCUAAUCGCAGGGGUGUCUGAACCUGUAAGAAGGCAACGGAGACUCCCCAGGGAUGCAGUCGAUGAAGAUAAAAUAUUUAAUGCAGUCUUUUCAGCAUCAAUACCCAGAGUUAAUUUUCAGAACAAAAGGAAGAAAAAGGGAACAGGCGUUGAUGCAUCUCAGAUGAAACCUGGUCAGCUGAAUAUAAAGAUGGCUGAAGCAGCCAGAAAUGUCGGAAAGAAAGCAGGGAUUAAUGAACAUGAGAUUGUAAACGACCUCAUGGGCAAGUUAGACGAAGUUUUUGUUGGCAUGGGAGGUCAUGUCAAGAAAGGUGCCAGACAAUCAGCGAGGAAGAAAAACCUUGAUCAAACCCAGUUUGGAAAGAAUUUAGACUUUCAGCCUCCCAAAGACAUGAAUGCCCCUCUGCCCAAAAUGGGUAAAGGAGAAGUUGAUAUUGACGAUAUUAUGGCAGAUGCUGCCCAGAUUGAUGUUCCUCGUCAAAUGCCACAGUCUAGCAUGAUUAGUAAACCAUUUACAAAUGUGGAAAAGCUUCUUGAGUCUCAGCCACCUCUUGGGAUUUUUUCUCAUACAAAGAGAACCAAGUCAAAAGCUCAUUCAGGCUCCUCUCUUAAACUGUGGGAAAAGUUCCAGCAGGCAGAAGUUUACCGAAAUACCAGAUUUGAACCUCUGAAUUGGUUUGACCAGUGUAUAGUGUGGACAGAGGAGGGUAAACUAUGGAAGUUUCCCAUUGACAAUGAACAAGGUAUGGAUGAAGAAGCCAAGGUGGACUUCACCGAGCACAUAUUUCUCGACCAUCAUAUUGAACACUGGUGUCCCACUGAGGGACCCAUUCGACAUUUUAUGGAGUUAGUAUUAGUUGGCUUAAGCAAGAAUCCUUUUAUUACUGUUGCUGAGAAAAUAGACACUCUUAAAUGGUAUGAGGAGUAUUUCUCAAAACAUGAAGCACUUCUUAAAGAAAUAAAUGCUCUUGGGUCUGUUGCAAAUCCAAUACCAGUUGAGGGGAAGAUAACUGAAGUGUAAUGACAUGUAAAUAAACUUCAAUCUGUCUACUUCUGUUAUGUUCCUGUAAAAAUAAAAACAAAAUUUCAUAUUA